UGCCGCCGCAGAGCUACCGCCCCCUCGCCGCCUGGCAGCUUCUUAGAGAAUCCGGGCCGCGGCGGUGUCGGGUUGCACUGAUGAUCCCCGGCAGGCGGCGGCGGCAGAGGCGGCGGGAGGAUGACCUCUCCCCGAGAGCGGGGUGCCGACCUGGCCCGUUUCUACACUGUCACCGAUCCCCAGCGACACCCGAGGGGCUACACGGUGUAUAAGGUCACCGCCCGGGUUGUUUCACGAAGAAAUCCGGAGGAUGUCCAGGAGAUAAUUGUGUGGAAGAGAUAUAGUGACUUUAAGAAACUACACAAAGAACUAUGGCAAAUUCACAAAAACUUAUUCCGACGUUCAGAAUUGUUUCCUCCAUUUGCUAAAGGAAUAGUGUUUGGACGAUUUGAUGAAACUGUUAUUGAAGAGAGGAGACAGUGUGCUGAAGAUCUGCUACAGUUCUCUGCCAAUAUUCCUGCUCUUUAUAACAGUAAACAGCUUGAAGAUUUUUUCAAGGGUGGAAUAAUCAAUGAUGGUUCUGAAUUGAUUGGUCCCGUUGAAGCUUAUUCGGAUUCCCUCAUUGAUAGCUUUCCUGAAUGUACGACAGAAGGCUUCUCCAGUGACAGUGAUCUAAUAUCUCUUACUGUUGAUGUGGAUUCUCUUGCUGAGUUGGAUGAUGGAAUGGCUUCCAAUCAAAAUUCUCCCAUUAGAACUUUUGGUCUCAGUCUUUCUUCGGAUUCUUCAGCACUAGGGGCUGUUGCUUCUGACAGUGAACAGAGUAAAACAGAAGAAGAACGGGAAAGUCGUGGCCUCUUUCCUGGCAGUUUAAAAUCCAAGCUUGGCAAGAGAGAUUAUUUGGAGAAAGCAGGAGAAUUAAUAAAGCUGGCUUUAAAAAAGGAAGAAGAAAAUGACUAUGAAGCUGCUUCUGAUUUUUAUAGGAAGGGAGUUGACUUACUCCUAGAAGGUGUUCAAGGAGAGUCAAGCCCUACUCGUCGAGAAGCUGUGAAGAGAAGAACCGCAGAAUAUCUCAUGCGAGCAGAGAGUCUCUCUAGCCUUUAUGUGAAACCUCAACUUGAUUAUGUAUCUCAGCCUCCAGGAUCACUAAGUUCAAGGCCCCCUUGGAACCUAAGGAGCCCUGCCGAGGAGCUGAAGGCCUUCAGAGUCCUUGGGGUGAUUGACAAGGUUUUACUUGUAAUGGACACAAGGACAGAACAGACAUUCAUUCUAAAAGGUCUAAGGAAAAGCAGUGAAUACAGCAGGAACAGAAAGACCAUCAUCCCCCGCUGUGUGCCCAACAUGGUGUGUCUGCACAAGUACAUCAUUUCUGAGGAGUCGGUAUUUCUUGUGCUGCAGCAUGCGGAAGGUGGCAAACUCUGGUCAUAUAUCAGUAAGUUUCUAAACAGAAGUCCUGAAGAAAGCUUUGACAUCGAAGCAGUGAAAAAAUCUUCACUUGCUAAAGUUCAGCUGCAACAGCCAACAUCUAGUCCUCAGGACAGCAGCAGCUUUGAAUCCAGAGAAAGUGAUGGUGGAGCCAUGCUUAAAGUUCUGCCUUUGAAGACCAGUCUUACUCCAAGCUCUCAAGAUGAUAGCAACCAAGAUGAUGAUGGGCAAGACAGCUCUCCAAAAUGGCCAGAUUCUGGCUCAAGUUCAGAAGAAGAAUGUACUACUAGUUAUUUAACAUUAUGCAAUGAAUAUGGGCAAGAAAAGAUUGAACCAGGGUCUUUGAAUGAGGAGCCUUUCAUAAAGACUGAAAGGAAUGAUGUUGAUACCAAAGCUAUAGAAAACUUCCCAGCCCACCUUGCUGCUGACAGUGAGAGCCCCAGCACACAGCUGACAGCCCACGAGCUGAAGUUCUUUCCUGAGGAUGAUGGCCUGGAAGCAGUUAGUUCUCCAAGAACAUCAGAUUCCCUCAGUAGAUCUAAAAACAGCCCCAUGGAAUUCUUUAGAAUAGAUAGUAAGGAUAGCACUAGUGAACUCUUAGGACUUGAUUUUGGAGAAAAAUUGUAUAGUCUAAAGUCAGAACCUUUGAAACCAUUCUUCACUCUUUCUGAUGGAGACAGCACUUCCAGGAGUUUUAGUACUAGUGAAAGCAAGGUAGAGUUUAUAGCUCAUGACACCAUUAGCAGGGGCUCAGAUGACUCAGUCCCGGUUAUUUCUUUUAAAGAUGCUGCUUUUGAUGAUGUCAGUGGUACUGACGAAGGAAGGCCUGAUCUUCUUGUAAAUCUACCUGGUGAAUUGGAGCCAAUGAAAGAUGGUGCAGCAAUGGGACCUACUAAGUUCACACAGACUAAUAUAGGCAUAAUAGAAAGUAAACUGUUGGAAACCCCUGAUGUUUUAUGCCUCAGGCUUAGUACUGAACAGUGCCAAGCACGUGAAGAAAAAGGCACAGAGGAACUGAGUGAUCCCUGUGGGCCUAAAUCCCAUAGUAUCACAGAGAAACACUACGCACAGGGAGAUCUUGGGAUGUUAUUUGUAGCAGCUGAUGAUCAUAGUAAUGCGGGAGACAUGUCUUUGUUACACAGUUCAGAUCCUAAGUUUCAAGGACUUAGCUUGGUUGCAUCGGCAGUAACAACAAACAACGCAAAAGAAAGCUUAUUCCAUAUUUCUGACCCACUCUCAGGUGCUAAUGAAUAUAAUGUAAAUACAGACACUUUAAAAACUGAAGAAGUAUUGCUGUUUACAGAUCAAACUGAUGAUUUGGCUAAAGAGGAGCCGACUGUAUUUCAGAGAGACUCUGAGACUAAGGCAGAGAGUGGGUUAGCACUAGAAGGAGACAAGGAAAUACAUCAGAUUUUUGAGGACCUUGAUAAAAAAUUAGCACUAAACUCCAGGUUUUACAUCCCAGAGGGCUGUAUUCAAAGAUGGGCAGCUGAAAUGGUGGUAGCCCUUGAUGCUUUACAUAGAGAGGGAAUUGUGUGCCGCGAUUUGAACCCAAACAACAUCUUAUUGAAUGAUAGAGGACACAUUCAGCUAACGUAUUUUAGCAGGUGGAGUGAGGUUGAAGAUUCCUGUGACAGCGAUGCCAUAGAGAGAAUGUACUGUGCCCCAGAGGUUGGAGCAAUCACGGAAGAAACUGAAGCCUGUGAUUGGUGGAGUUUGGGUGCUGUCCUCUUUGAGCUUCUCACUGGCAAGACUCUGGUUGAGUGCCAUCCAGCAGGAAUAAAUACUCACACUACUUUGAACAUGCCAGAAUGUGUCUCUGAAGAGGCUCGCUCACUCAUUCAACAGCUCUUACAGUUCAACCCUGUGGAGCGUCUUGGUGCUGGAGUUGCUGGUGUUGAAGAUAUCAAAUCUCAUCCAUUUUUUACCCCUGUGGAUUGGGCAGAACUAAUGAGAUGAACAUAAUGCAGGGUUCUCUGCACACGUUCUGAUCUUCUCUAUGACAGGCGUCUCCAGCACAGAGGUAGCUCUGCCUUACACUCAGUUAUGGGGCACCAAGCAUUGGGAUGAAGAUCUUUAGAGGAAAUGGAGAAAGAAAAAGCCUGAGAGAGAACAAUUCCUUUACAGUUACUGUCUGGACAAGAUAUUGGCUACAUUUGCAAGGGGCUGUUAUGUACAAACCUUUAACUGAGGUGUGAUCUUUAUUUUAUCUGCAUUUAGUGUUGCAGGUGAGUUGUAAACCCAACUAAAAGAAGAAUGCCCUUCAAGACCUUCCUCUGAUAUGAAGCUCCAAGUGUAGAAUGAAGUGUUACUUGAAAGGAGGACCUUUACAUGGCAGCUGACAGUGCUUUCCGCUAACCAAGAUUGGUUUAAUAUGAUCAAAUUAAUAUUUGCUGAAUAAUAUACUAAAAGUGCUUCAUGAAUAAUGUCAUCUAUGGAGCUUAAAAAGUGAGAAAAAAAGAAUAUACACAUCAUGUCUGAUAGGAAAACUGAACCACGAUGCUAUAUAAUUAAUGUAUGUCGAAUAUGGUCCCAUAGUCAUUCUUUCUGAAGUCCACGUGAGAAGAAAGCACUUCAUGUUGUCAACUUUGUACUUUGUUGGUUGAUACUACUAACAGAAGGGUUCAUAUGAACACUCUCUCUCUCUCUCUCUCUCUCUCUCUUCAUCUUUAUUUUUUCACUUUCUACACCCUUUGUCUAUUCUGUCAUAUUCUGUUCUUCCUACCCCUAUUAAUACAUAUGCAACAAAAAAGGGAAGGGAGUAUUUAUUUCCCCAAAUUGUAUCAACUUAAUAAGAACUAAAGAAUCAUGUAAAAUAAACGUGGUAAAAAUUUAAAUCUCUCUUUCAUUUAAUUGCUUAAGAUUUUUUUUCUUUUUUUUCAAAGGCCUCUCUUCCUUUCAUUUUGGAAUGUUAGCAAUUUCUGCUUCUUAUUAUGCUUGACUUCAUUUUAGCUUUUUGGCUUAGUAUCCUAAGAACCAAAGGAUCUCAUCUAAAUGGGAUUGAAUGGCAAUCCUAUUUUAUUAUGUAUUGACAGGAUUUCCAGAUUUGACCUCCUAAUCUACUUGACGUUGUAUAGAAAGAACAUGAGUAUUUAUACAUCUCCCAACAUUUGUAUUCGUUAUUUCUUUCUGUUGCUAAGAUAGCUCCUGUAGUCAUGCAUUGUUUACAACAAUUUACAAAAUUUGUAAGUUAAUGUCUGUUUUUUAAACUUUAUCCAAAGAAGAAAGAAUAAGUCACCAUUUUCAAGUUAGGAGCCACAACAUAAUGA